AUGAUGGUGUUAAAAGUGAAGAACUUUUGUGAACGUGAAAAACGUAAUAAUGCACCAUUAAUUCCUUUAAGAUGUGUUCAGGCUCGUGUUGCCGCCAUUACAGGUGUGUCCGAAAAAACCGUGUCUAAAAUCACCAAAGAAGGUGAGGUCGCUGCCAGCACGUCGACUAAGGUUUCAACACCACGCAAAAGCGGUCCCCGGCCUAAAAAAAUCAUAAUUGAAGUGGGAGACGAUAGCGACACUUCUGAUGACGAGGAUGAUGAGGAAGAUGAAGUUGACGACGAUCUCUCGGGAAUAAGUCCGUUGGAUGAGCAUUUUUUGAUUGAUCACAAUUAUAAUAAAAAAUAU